AGUAUCUCCGAGUAAAGCAUGUCGGCAAGUCGAAAGCAAUUCUAAAAAAUUGUUUUGUAUUUCUUCUUCUUAUUAUUAUUAUUAUUACUAUUAUUAUUAGUAUUAUUAUUGCAUUACACGUAUAUGUUUCGUGCGCUACAAUAUAGCAACGAGAUAUUAUUUUUAAACAUAUCGGACACGAAUUCUGUUUUUCACGCAGCAAAGCUUUCUUGUUUCUCGGACAAAAACGAGAGAUCGCUGUUACGAUUCAACUACGUCGAUAGUGCGACGUGAUAAAAUUACGCUUGUAGACACAUAAAUACCGAUCGAUAAAAAUUUGAUAAAACCGCAAGUCUGCAAGAAAAUAAAUUCUGAUUACAUUGGCUGAUCAAACUGGUUUUUUUUUUUUUUUUUUGUUUUUUUGGGAGAGGGACAGCCCGUCUGUAUGUUGCGUCAGUAAUUUAAUAAGUUUGCAACAAGAAAAUAUCAGAUAUUUUUUUUGUCACUCAAUUGUUCAAACGAAAAGUUGAUCGAUUAAAAAUUUGAAACGUCUUUCUCUCAGGAAACUAAGUUUUUUUUAAAAAAAGUUUUAAAGUAAAAAGGUUUUUUUUUUAGAAAUAUAGAAGAUGGUUAGGAAAUAUAGAAUUUCCUCUUUGUAGUAAAAAAAAAAACAAAAAAACAAUUGUGUUCUUACAGUUCUUGAAGUUAACAUUUUAUUCUUGAGUACAAUAAGUGCGCGAGUCUUUGACGAUGUAACCGUCGCAAUGAAACAAACAAUAUUUAUGUUAUCUACGAGAUAUAUCUACGAAUAUUUAUUUAAUAUCGCAAACGCAAAAAUAAUGUUUAUUCUCGAUUGGCAAGAAAAAAAUUCAACAGGAGAGUUAGGUUGGAUUAGAUUAGAUUCUUUACGUUUGGUACGCCACAUGUAUUUCCCGCCAUUAUCGCGACUCCGCGCUUGUGCACUGAAUAUUAACCUUACCUGUGACUUCUUAUCGCACGAAGCAGAUAGAUCGCGAGUUUGAGCGCUGGGACAAAAGACGGGUUUUGUAUACGGUGUUUUUCCCCUCGUGUGUUUGUGGAUUUAUUAUUGUCGACUCUUCCUCCGCUUUUGCAUGCGACUUCUGGAUUUUUAUUUGUAAGGUGCGGGAGAAUGCGUUUCGAGUGCAUUUGCGGUCGAAAUCGAUGUCGUAUCGUUGCAAACGAUUCUUCUUUCAAUAAGUGCAUGUCACAUACAUGAUAUGUAAAAAACUACUUUAUUUUUGUUUUUUUGUAUAUAUAUAUAUAAAUAUUAUUGCGACACACGCAUACAUGUGACAUUAUCUCUCCUGGAUACAUUCUGUGCCGAAAAAGAAAACAAAAUAUAUCAUGGCACAAACCAGAAUAGACCAGUUCUAUAAAGUCACAAAUAGAAAGACGAAAGUUGCCAAUGAAAAUUAUAGCAUAAAGAAGUCUUCUAAACUCAGGAACACAAUUGUGGAUAAAACAGAGGAACAAUCAUCACAAAAAGUAAUAUCUAUCAUAUACAACAAGCGAAGUCCACGCAAAGGAAACAGAAGACAAAAAAUGGCGCAAAGUAAUAAUAGCUCGUCAGAUAGUCAGUCUUUGCUGAACACUUCAAAGAACAGUCCAACUAAAGUUACGCAGACUAAAACUGUGACGUCGCCAAUCACUAAUUCUCCUAGAAAUUCAUAUUCUCCCGCAUCUUCCGGUAGCUCAAAGUUUACUCCAAAAACAGCGUCUCCAAUAAAAAACGCAUUCGAAAGAACACGGAGAAACGCAAAUUUGAUACGCAAAAAAUUAUUCAAAGAUAAACUAGAUGAAAUGAUCUCCGAAGUGAUAGAAAAUCUGAAUUUGGCGAAAGAAGGUGCUAUUGCUAACAAUGAUAUCGACUUGGAGAAAGUCUAUGCUAGUGGAGAUCCAAGGUACAAAUACAAUUGUAUUGACACCACAACUUCGAUGAGAUACGAAAUCAACGACGUAGUCGUGCCUACAGAAAUGACAUCGUAUCAUUUCUUUUUAAUGGUUGUUACUGUUUUUUCUAAGCCGAUUAAUUGCGGAUAUUUCGGUGAGAAUGAGUUGGAUUUGAUAUACAAGCUGAUUACGCUGUCGAGGAAUGCGCAAGCUUUAUUUGUACGCAUGCUGAAAAGGAAGCACACGUGGCACAGGAUAAGCAGCAUCGAUUACAAGGACGUGUCUAGCGAUUUAAAGCCGGUUUUUGACGAGCUUGUAUCGCACACGAUUUUUAAAACUAGUCUGAAAGACGAGGAUACAACUGUUUUGAUAAAUUUGCUGUCAGCGGAUGAAAUUCGAAAGCUGUGUCAAGAAUUGAAGAUCAACGCUGGCGGAAAAAAGAAGAAUCACAUAGAAGCGAUCAUGCAGUUGUGCAAAAAAACAAAAUCGUUAUUUCCCGGCAUGCCGAGUCCCGCUGUUAAAGUACGCUCGUCGGUCAUCAAGCGAUUGGGGGAUUGUGUUUUAUUGAACACUACAGUAAAAGAAUUGGUUGAUCGAAUAAUUACGUUACUGAUGCCCAAUCGGGAUCCUACGGAAACUUUAUACGAUACAUUUUUCACGAUAUUGAAAGUUGAAAAAAAAGAAGUGAAGCUUCCAGAAGUAAUAAUAAGUGAUUUUCCUCUCUUUUCCAGUAAAAAGCACUUGCUAGAUUAUAUAGAAGCUAAAAGCGCGCUAACGAAUAUAUUGAGUGCGAUUGAAGACAAGGAAUGGAAUAUUGUACGAGAACUUGGGGAUUUAGCUUUUGAACGUUUGCCUCUUCUACUGGAAAUGGAAGGGCAAAGUCUUAAAGAUUCCGCACUACCUCAGCAUGUCAGACACUUUAUGCCGGGUUACAUGUGGCUCAAAGUUCUGUCCAAAAGCAUCGAUGCAUUUAAAAAGACCAAAGAAUUUUCAAAGGCAAUCGAAUUUUUGCAGACGUUAAUAAAUCAGCAGUGUCAUAUGAAAAAUAAAAAAGGACAAUGGUACUGCGAAUUGAUCAAGAUAGAAAAUUUUCACAAGAAGAAUCUUGACGAUAGUGUCGCGCUACUUUCGAAGGCAGUAAAAGCCAAAAACCUAACGGAAGUCGAUAGAUUAGAUCUGUUAGAUAGAGCGGAGAAACUUGUUAAGAGAAAAACCGGCAUUAGCCAGCAAGCGAAAGAAGCUGCGAAAAAUAUAUUAGAUAAUGUGCUCAACAGAGCGCGGCCAACGCAUCAUAUAAAUAACAAUACAAUACAAGGGACGUUAUGUAGCAAUGUUACACAGAAGAAAAGUAACUGGUGUAUUAUCAAUGACGAAUAUCAACAGUUGUAUGGCUCGGUUGAAAAUCUAGCGUUAUAUCAUUACAAACAGGAGGGAUAUUUAAGCGGUGUGCACUGCGAGGGUGCGUUUCCGGUUCUCCUGUUUGGCAUAUUAUUUUGGGAAGAAAUUUACAAUAUAAACAUUCCCGGCGCUCACGUGUCACCGUACCAAGACGCACCGUUGGAUUUAUAUUCCUCGCAAUUUUAUGAGAAUAGAAAGGAGCAGAUCGAUAUGAAACUUGAGAUCGUACGAAAAUUCGAUGUAGAGACUUUAAGUAAACAUUUGCAAGAUAAUUUCAAUUUACGUUGCGAAUACAAGUCCGUCGCUAAUUCCCAAGGCAAUAUUUUCAGCGACAAAAAUAGUCUUCAAGAACUGACUGUUUGUUUGGGAGUAGAAGGAAUUGUUGGGAUUUGUGAGCGACUCAUUCACAAUUUUAUACUUUGGAGAGCUGGAUUUCCAGAUUUAAUUGUGUGGAACAUACAUAAAAAACAACACAAGAUUGUGGAAGUAAAGGGUCCAGGUGAUACACUGUCAACUAAACAAAAAUUGUGGUUGGACUAUUUGAGUCAACUCGGACUGAAUGUAGAAGUAUGUUAUUGUGAGUCCGAUGCGCAGUCACGAGGAGUUAAACGAAAACAUUCAACAACUGAGAUAUAAAAUAUCAACCGUGUUUUGCGGCCGAAUUGAUCAGAAUUAUCGUACAAUAAGCGAAACGUCCAAAAACUACCUUGCGUCGGACAUAGCUUUCCGAUUGUAAAGAUUUUAACUUAAACGUCACAUUUGUGCGCAAGAGAUAAAGAUUAAAUAUGUAUUUUUACUUAA